AUGCCCAUCGAACUACUGAAAUCUCUUCGAUUGCAUAAGGAUAAGCUAUGGUCUCUUGACUGUUCAAAAGGCCUCAUGGCUACUGCUUCAUCGGAUCGCAAAAUCAAACUGGUGAAUCUUCAGAAUUUAGAUUUCAAACUAGUGGAGGAACUCGACGACAGCACACACAAAAAAUCUGUGCGAUCAGUUUCUUUCAGACCUAAUUCCUCCAUUCUCGCUGCCGGCUCUUUUGAUUCAACAAUUUCCAUCUGGGGAAAAGACGACUCCGAUCCGCUAGACAACCCAGAAACUGAUCUUUUGGCCAUCAUUGAAGGUCAUGAAAAUGAGGUUAAAGGGGUUGCAUGGUCUCACUCUGGAGAGUUUCUUGCUAGCUGCUCAAGAGAUAAAAGCGUUUGGAUAUGGGAAGCGGAUGAGCUUGGUGAAGAGUACGAAUGCUUAAGUGUAUUACAGGAGCACUCCCAAGAUGUUAAACAUGUCGUUUGGCACCCGAAUAUGAACUUAUUGGCUUCAAGUUCAUAUGACGAUACCAUUAGACUUUGGAAAGAGGACGCGGACGAUUGGGAGUGCGCAGCAGUGCUUAACGGCCACGAAGGUACCGUUUGGUGCUCCGAUUUUGAGAAAUCAGAAGCUUCACUCAGGUUAGUGAGCUGUAGCGACGAUGCAACAGUUCGUGUCUGGAAAUACGUUGAAGAAGGUGAGGAUGGUGAGGAUAUAUGGACUCUCGAUGCAAUCCUGCCAAACAUCCACUCAAGAGCUGUCUACAGCGUAAAUUGGAGCUCGCACGGUUACAUCGCCAGUGCAGGUUCUGAUGGUAUAUUGGCAGUAUAUAAGGAAGUUGAGCAAGGGAACUGGGAGGUGGUAGCGCAGCAAAAUGAGGCCCAUAGCGUCUUUGAAGUCAAUAUGGUCAAAUGGACUCGAGUCGGCGACAAGGACUUGAUACUUACCGGCGGAGACGAUGGUUUUGCCAAUGUGUGGUGUUUCACCCCAUAG